AUGUCCUGGAAACUUGGCGUAAAAAAGGGCAAAGAUGCCAAAGAGAACGGCACUUCGUCUCGCUCUGUAACACCGAUACCCUCGCGGCCUACCACACCAAGGCCACCGAACGGCGCAGACCAGUUUCGGUCGGGUAUGCUAACUAUCCGUAUAUUUCAAGGUCGUCGUCUUGCGCUCCCACCAGACAUACCGCUUCCAGAAGUCAUCCAGAGGGCCCUUGAAUCACAACCUUCAGCUCGACGUUCGACUAGUAAUCGCGAGAGUAUGCAAAGGCAGCGCUUUUGGUGGCUUCCUUAUGUCGUGCUAGAGUUCGAUAAGAACGAAAUCUUGAUCGAUGCUAUUGGCGGAGACUUGAUCAACCCAGUGUGGAAUUACCGGGCCAACUUUGAUGUAUCGCGUACUUCGAAUAUAGCUGUGUCAGCUUAUCUCAGGACUGCUGCUGCUCAAGGUCCCGAUGAUAUGGGAAACGAUCUCUUACUGUCUCGUGUGGAUCUCACUCCUAUGCUCGAAGGACACCAUGCAACCGAUCAAUGGUACAACGCAUCCGCUGGAUCGGGGUCGUUCCACCUGAAAAUCGAUUUUAAACCGACUCGCAACGAAUCUCUGACCAUCGAAGCAUUUGACCUUCUGAAAGUCAUUGGGAAAGGAAGUUUUGGCAAGGUUAUGCAAGUUCGGAAAAAAGACACACAGCGGAUUUAUGCGCUAAAGACUAUCCGCAAAGCUCAUAUCGCACAACGUCCCGGAGAAAUUACGCACAUUCUUGCGGAAAGAACGGUUUUGGCUCUUGUGAACAAUCCGUUCAUAGUGCCCCUGAAAUUCUCCUUUCAAAAUCCCGAUAAAUUAUAUCUGGUCAUGUCGUUUGUCAACGGAGGAGAACUCUUUUAUCAUUUACAGCGAGAGGGAAAGUUCGACCAAGAUCGUAGUCGAUUCUAUGCCGCCGAGUUACUUCUGGCGCUCGAGCACCUUCAUGGAUUCAAUGUUGUUUACCGUGAUCUCAAACCUGAGAACAUUCUCUUGGAUUAUACCGGACAUAUCGCUUUAUGUGAUUUCGGGUUAUGCAAACUCAAUAUGUCGGAAACGGAAAAGACGAAUACAUUUUGUGGGACCCCGGAAUACAUUGCACCUGAGCUCCUGGAGAGUCAAGGGUAUACUAAAACCGUUGAUUGGUGGACCCUAGGCGUUUUGCUUUACGAAAUGAUGACUGGCCUUCCACCGUUCUAUGACGAAAAUGUCAACACGAUGUAUCAGCGAAUCCUGACGGACCCGCUCAACUUCCCGCCCGAUAUGUCUCCCGAAGCUAAGAGUGUUAUGACAGGAUUGCUGCAACGCGAUCCUUCAAAGCGGUUGGGUGCAAACGGAGGGGAAGAAAUCAAGAGACAUCCGUUCUUCGCCAAGUAUAUCGACUGGAAUCGGCUGUUGGCGAAGGGUUAUACACCUCCAUUCAAACCUGCUGUAGAAUCAGUGUUGGAUGUGGCCAAUUUCGAUCCUGACUUUACAAAUGAAGAGGCUCAGGAUUCGGUGGUGACUGGUUCAGCGCUUUCGCAGACGGUGCAAGAGCAGUUCCAUGGUUUCACAUACAAUCCUGCAAACGAACAUCUGAGCGAGAGCGUCAGCUACCCGAAUGCGUUGUAG